GCAGACCUCGGCCGCCGCCGCGGCCCCCGCCGCCGCAGGCAUCACCGUCGAUCUGCCGUGUGGACCUCGCUGGCGGCGCCGACCUCGGCGCCAUGGACUGAUGGCCUCGCCGACGUAGCUCCGCUUGAACCUUGCCGCCACCCCCGCGGACCUCCAGGGGGCUCUGCCACGCGCUGUAGCGUCUCUCCGGUGGCAGUGAGGGUGCGGGUGAACUGGCAAAUUGGUCCAAAUUUUUCAGGGUAGGUAUCACCCUCAUUCCCCUGAGAUCCAAAGCAUUGUUGCCGAAUUUGAGGAGUCCGCAUUCAAUGUGGCCAACAGUAAGGAACAAUACUUGAGGUUUAUAUCUAACAAGUUGAUCAGUACGGAAAAAAGACUGCGAGCAGAGCAAGAGCGACAAAUGCACUGUAGUCAACUGCAAUCGGAUAUUGCAUUUCAAGUUAAGGCUUUACAUGGUGGCAGUUCUUCAAUGCCACAGGCGGGGAGGAGCGCUAGUCCAAGAGGGCCAUCUUCUCAGAUGGCACCUCGAACUUCAGGUCUAAUGCCAAACCUUCGUCCUUACACUCCAAACAUGCAGUCUGAGGUUAUGCAAGAGCAGACUGACAUGAUGACAUUUCUGGAUCAAUUUCUAAACUUUGAACCUACGGGGAAUGCUCCAAUGGAACCUGGUAUCCAACCUGGUCCACAACCAAUGCAAUCAGUAGCCAAUCAGAGCCAGAACCAAGACUCAUUCAGGCAACUGCAGGCUACAAACUUUGCAGGUUGCAGCCCAACAUGUGUGGCAAUGCCAGGUAUUCAGCCAUAUUCUCAGCAAAAUAGCAUAGGCCGGAGAAAUGCCAGUGGAAUUGGUACCCAGCAGUCGCCGUUGCAGUCAUGUAAACCCGAGCAUAUGACUCCGGGUCUGCAACACAUUACCGGUGCUCACCAAAGCAAUUUGCUUCGGGGGAAUCCUCAAACUCCAGCAUCAAUGAGAAGUGCCAGAGAAGUUGACCUAAUAGAGAAAAUGUUUAGGCAGAUCAAGUCUUGGAAUGAGGCUUAUUUCUCAAAGUUUAUGGAACUGGAGCGAGGAAUUCUUGUUCCAAAACUAACAGAGGAACAAUUAUCAUCAUUACCCAAGGACACAGCUAAAAGAUAUGUAUAUUCAGUGAAUGCCAAGAAAGGAGCCAGAAAGGUGCUGAAUUUCUUACAGUUGCAGAAAAGUAAUUUGCACGAGGGUUUGAAGUCGGAGUUCCCCAUGAUUGAGAAGCUAAUACGUCAGUUGCUGGGUGUCAUCGAAAGUAAAAAAACUCAUAAUGCAAAGAUGAGUACAGGAUAUCAGUUGCAAAAUUGUGGUCAGCAGUCUCAAGUCGGCAAUGCAGCCCCAACCACUGGCGGUAAAAGUGGAAGCAUGUCUCAGUCGAGGCGAAUAAUUCUGGCUGGAACUCCACCAGCUCAUCAACAAGAAAAUAGCAACCGCUUGCUAGGAGUAGCAAGUCCUUGUUCAAUCAGUGCAUCAGGAACAUUGCAGUCUUUGCCUACAAAUAAGCUUGAGUGCUUGACACCAUCACCAGUUGCCAAGUCAGCGGUUGCACCUUCUGCUUCACCCUGUGCUUUGGUGAAGCCCAUAUUGACAUCACCCGUCGCAGAGCCGGUUGUAGCACCAGCUGCUUUGCCCUGUGCUCCGGUGGUGUCCAUACCAAUGGACUGUGACAGCAUACUUUCCUUCUUGUCGCACGACAAUGCAGCAAGACCAGCACAAGACCCAAAUGCAAAUGGUUCUAACCAGGCCACUCCUAAAGCAACAACUUCUGCUUCACCACUUCAGACGGAGACAGUACGUGGUACAGGAGAGGAUCAGGUGCGCGGUGGAGCUGAAACACCAGUAGGCAAUAGGCCCUUCAACCGCCUAAUUGACGCAAUACGGUCUUCAUCACCGGCAGCGCUACAGAAAUCAGCUAAUUUAUUCUGGUCUGUCCUCACCAUGGAUGACACUGUACCACCUGGGAACAUUGGCACAAUUUUGGAUUGCAAAGUCUCACAGCAGCAGCACGGUGGAUUUAAUGCUGUGGAUAAAAUGAAGCGUGUUUUUGAUCAUACAGAAUUACAUUCUGAAUCACUACCAUUCGGAAGUGCUAUGCCAUUUGAGUGUGAUGCCUCCGGCUGUGGAUCCAGCAGCGAACGAAGCAUGAAGAGGCACAAAACACAGUUCUCCUCGCAGAAUCCAAAUGAUGCUCUGUUGGAAGAGAUAAAAUCUAUUAACAACGUAAUGAUCGAUACAGUGAUCAGCAUCACUGGUGACUGUGGAACAGACAGGAUCACCUCUUGCGACGGCGGGACAAUAAUCAAACUCUCAUACAGUGCUGCGUCGCUUGACCCAACCCUGAAGGCUCUCCUUGCAACAUCUGAAAUGUCUCUUGUCAUGCCCUCGAACCUGUUUGUCCCUGCCGAUUAUCCGAGUAGCUCCCCGGUGCUUAUCGAUGAAGGAGAUGAGCAGCUAAGGAAGAAGUUCAGUGACAUCUCGGCCUUGGUGCACGUGGCAUUCCGGCACGCUCUCAGAGAACUCCCGGAGCCUCGGUCUAUCAAGGAGACAGCCAGGGCGUGGGAUGCCUGCGUGAGGAAGGCCGUGGUGGAGUUCGCGGAGCAGCAUGGCGGAGGGACGAUCAGCUCGAUGCUUGGCCGGUGGGAGAGGUAUGCCACCGCAUGAGAAAUGGAGAAUAUAUAGGAUGCUGUGUGUUGUGUGGCUUGUUUGUUGUACAACAGAAGGGAUGAAAGAGACAGUAAGCUGGUCAGUGCAUACUCCUCAAACAGAUACUUAUGUAGGAGUAACAAGUUUAGGCAGUGGCGGAACUCUACAUAUCUGUUAAUGUUGACUCUGUUGGUGUAAACUGUAUUUCUAGUGAUGGAUGUAAAAUGUAUCACCAGUUAAGGUAAUCUGGAAUAAAGAACUGCUAGUGAAAUGAUUAGAA